AGAUAACCAGUGGAUCUCUGUGAGUAGUCACCCUCUUAGCCAGGUAUGUAUUGGUUUUCUACUGAGUUAAUUAUUGGUAAAAAUGUAUUAUCUUACAUAUCUGAAGAAUUAGUUCUUUUAUUCCAAAUCCUAUUUUCAUCGUAUUAAUUUUUUUUAACUAAAAGGUGUUAUUUUGACUAAGUUUUAGCCACAUUGUACAUAAACUGAGCUACAAACAAAUCUCUGUUGCACUGAUUUUUGUCUAACUUCCUUCCUUUUUAUGUUUUUGCCUUUUUUCUGGUCCUAAACAGAAUGCUGCGCUUUGUUGUGUCACUCUGUCUCCUGGCUUUGUCCUGGGCACAGGACUGCCAGGUAGCCAACAUACAAGUCAUGCAGAACUUUGACAGAACAAGGGUGAGUUUCAAGUAUUUGGAGAUUUUCAAAUGAGAUUUACAUAUCGCUUUGCUUGAAUUUGUGAGAGAACUGAGCAGUGACGUGAAAUCACGUUUUCCUUCUCAUAGUACUCAGGGACAUGGUACGCCGUAGCAAAGAAGGACCCGGAAGGUUUGUUCCUGAUUGACAACAUUGUGGCUAAAUUUACCAUAGAAGAGAACGGCAAAAUGACCGCCACAGCUGAGGGCAGAGUCAUCAUCCUCAAGUGAGUUCUGCUGCUGUCUGUGAAAACUCAAGUUUUCCUCCAGUGGAGCUUAGAUUGUCUUACUAAAGCUAAUUUUACACUGUCUUACACUGUAUCUUUAUCGGCUUCCAGCAACUGGGAACUGUGUGCCCAGAUGUACGCAUCCUUUGAAAACACUCCUGACCCCGCCAAGUUCCGGAUGUCAUACUGGGGGGCUGCACAGUAUCUGCAGACUGGAGGUGAGUUUGUGAACAUUUCCAACACAAAAUAUAAUCUAUACUAACUUCUGACCUCUGUCGACAACAUUUUUCGCUUCAACAAACCAUAAAAAUUUGAAGCAUUAGCUUUGGGUCACAUGAGUAGGAGGGCACUGAUGUUUUGUCAUAGAAAUCAUUGUUGACUUUCAGGCAACUGUUGAUUUAAUUUCAUCACUAACUGGAUCUCUGUGACCUGACCUCAGCAAAUCAAUGGGACAAAAAAGCCUUUGAGGGCAGGGUCCAAAUGUCAUCGACUCUGUGGUUAUUCAGUAAUCAGUAUUUUGAUAUCUAAAUCAAAGCUGAGUCACAGUUUAAGGAUGACAUGUGACCGUUCAAUCAAUACUAUACCAGUGCUGACCUUGAUUCCCAUCAACAUGAAUGCAUAAGAUGUUUUCUUGAAGUUCAGUGACGGCAGAAAAAAAAAAAUCAACGUUCCCAUCUUUCCUGAGCACAAUGGUGAUAGGAUUAUUAGUUUUCUACACAGAUGAUGAUACUUGGAUUAGAUUUGAUUUGUGUCACUUGUAAUCCAUGUCUUACGAUAUACGGCUCUGAAAUACCCUGGAUUUCUUCCCCUAGAUGAUGAACAUUGGGUGAUAGACACUGACUACGACAACUAUGCCGUCCACUACUCCUGUAGAGUGGUUGACUCUGAUGGCACCUGCUUAGACAGCUACUCCUUCAUUUUCUCUCGUCAUCCAACUGGUCUGAGGCCGGAGGAUGUGCCUGUGGUUACCCAGAAGAAGAGGGAUCUCUGCCUCUACGGCAAAUACAGACGCGUUGAGCACAAUGGUGAGUUUCAGUGUGUGUUUCAUCAAUCAGUUAGGGAGGAGACUGGGUAAAGGAUAUAAUCAUCAAAACUGCCUACAUUUUUACUUCAUAUCCACUUGAGUAAUUAUCAGAUUUAUGUAUUAUGUCGAGUUUUCCUGCUUACAUUUUGACUAAAUGUUUUCUUUCUACUUUAGGCUUCUGUCUCGCAAACUCCAACUGAUCUGCUGACGCUCAGAAAUCUCCCCUUUAAAGCUCCCACCAUGGUGAUGGGGGCCCCUCUGCUGGUCUUGGGCUUGCAUCCCACCAGAGAUCUCUCCCCAUUGAGAGGGCUAAAGUGGCCCAUGUGUCUUUAAAACAGCUAACAAAAUAUGAGGAAAUCCAAACUGUCACAUUCCUACUUCUGUACUGCUAACAGAAAGAAAAGAUGACUGUUCAUCCUGUGCUGUUGUUCCUGACUUUGCGCACCAGUAAAAGAGGAUUUUUUCUAUUAAAAUCUUUAGUAUGUGUAAGUUUUGCGUAUGAACUUCAGAAUGUUAAAUAUUACUCCUCUUGGAAACCAGUGGAGUUUCCUUUGUUGUACCAAAGAGAAAACAAAACAUUAUUUUGCCGCUUAUCAGGCCAACGCCACAAAUAAUCUCUUUUAAAUGAAGCUGAGCACUCAGCAUUUCUGCAGCUCUGGACCAUCACAUGUUUACUGGAAAUACGAGGUUCACAAAUCACUGGCUUUGCUUUUACACUGAAAGACUGUUGUGCAGUAUAAAAGCAGAUGUUGUUAAUAAACUUCAACACAACCAUAUUGUAAAUCGUGUGGUACACAAGUAGUAGUAGUUGUUUGAUGAUUGUAUGAUGUACACUUCUUGAUCCAUUUUUGUGAAAUAAAACAUUCAGAACAUGCAGAACUCUUUGC